GCUAUAGCAGCCUAACAACACCGAGCACGUGAAGAUGGAGUACAACACAGCCGCUGGUGUCUAUGAUUCAGUAACACAGUUUAAAGUCUACGAAGAUUAUCUCGACUCAAAAGUCACGCCAAUGGAUUUAUUUUACCUAAAAAGCAGGGAGCUGGCCCUUAAGCUGGUGGAGCAUGGCCACAAGGGCACAGUCCUGAGCAGAGAGGAAUUUGAGGAGAAGAAAGCAGCUGCACAGGCUGCACAGGCUGCGAAGAGCAACACUUUCUACAGCAGGAGCCGGCCAGUGACACUGGCAAGUGCAGGAAAAGAACUCAAAGAUAACUUCCUGAAAGCCCUGGCAGAGCGAGAGGAGGCCAACCGCAGUGGGAAAAUGACUUCGGUCAUUUUCAUAAGGGAUCAUAAUACUCUUGGACAGGAAGUAUCUGGCUAUAUAGACUACGCCCACAGACUCAAGACCCAAGAUUUUGAACCCUAUUUCAGCGGAAAGAAGAGGCUCAUGCCAGGACGCACAGAUUUAUGCUACUACAACUGGAAGACACAGGUGUCCACGUCCAACUCUAGCCCUAACUUUGAGGUAAUUUAUGACAACCCCAAUGGCCUUCUCUUCAAGAACAAGAGGGACAAAAAGAUCCUGAAUGUGGACCCCAUGUCUGGUCCUGGUGAGGACUCCAACCGGACCUUACUACAGUCGGACCUCUACAUCCAUGUCGUCAUCUAUGACCACAACAUCAGGACGGUCUGAUCUUCAGAGGCUGCUGCCGACACAUUCAUACAUAAGACACAUAUUGGAGAGUGCUGGAAGCCUCUAAUUUGAACGAGGGGCUGCAGUUGCACCAUCAUUUAUAAACUGUUGCCCUCAUAUCAUGCAUGCCAUCUGGGUGGAGGUGCUGCAGUGGAAAAAUUGGCUUUAAACGUUGGAUUCCCAGAUGGAGAAGUAGAUAGACUAGUGUGACAACUUCACUUGCAAAAUUCCUUAAAAAUGUCAACUUCUACUUCAGAUGUUUUCCUCCUAUAAAGUUGUAAAACAAUUGUAUGAUAGAGUUUUCAAACUUACUAAUUUCACUAAAUGAAGACUCUUUGUUAAUUUGGCUUCCAAAAGGAAUGGAAUAUGCUCGCUCUGGGACCCAGGGCUCGUCCCGUCGUUUAGUCCGGCAUGUUUUGGGCUGUUUGUCUAAACAAAUUAAAGGCGUAAGAGCUUUGAAAGAUGAUGGGGGUGGCUUUUAUGUCCUCCCCCAGGCUGCGGUAGCUCCAAUUGGACUGGAAGAAUGGGUAAUGGGCUUAAAGCAUUCCGUAUGUUCCCAGAUGCAAGGCACACUUUGCAGGACAUCAAAGUGCUCUAUCAUUGACAUAUUAGUCAUUCACUGUAGAAUACUGUACAUGUCUACAAAUAACCCGCGUUAGGAAGUUAGUUAGCAGCUGUAGGCAACUUUGCUUCCUUUUAAUUUCUUUUAUGUAUUUAUUAUUGAAACGUGUAAUAAAU